CAAAGUUUCUGUGAUGUAACUGAACGUUAUCAAACUGUUUAUACCUAAACUACUACAGUUCUGCUCUCCUAGUGUUUACGUUUCGUUUCUGAUUCAGUGUGUAGUGAGGACGCGGUGGUUUAAAUUUCGAAUUGUGAUGAGUUGACCUAAGUGCAAUAUCUAAUAAAUAAACCCAAAAGUGCAAAACAUAGUGCAAUAAUGCCGCGGUGAUGCGUGCGAACAAGUUCAAAAAAGUGAAAUUCAAGUGUCCAAAGUGAAAAUGCUGCGCCACGACGCAAAUAUGGACUCGAAUUUCCUCACAGCCGACCCUCCACCUAUAACCGACAUGGACUAUCAACCUAAAACGGACUUAGCCACAGAAUACUUCAACACAUUCAAUCAAAUCUGUGACAACUACAGACCGGAGUCUGACGUUAAUUUGCGGCAAACUUCGGACUCUUUAAGACUGUCCUCUGAAAUCUUAGACGGGGUUAGAUCGGAGUUUAUAACGACAGAUUUCUCUGACAAAGUGAAUGAUGUGGAGAGGUUUUUGAACGGGAAGGAGCAGAUAUUCCAGUUCGGGCAGCCUGAUGCCUCGGCGCUGUUGAGGCAUAGGGCCCGGCGGAGGUUUAACGAAGAACAUGGCUUGCCGCAGGCGGCCACCAGUCAAGAAAGUGGGUAUGGCAGCGACGAAUUCGGCCACGACUCACCGAGCCGGUACGCGUCACCAAAAGGUGCUGGUGGGGGCGCGUAUCAAGAACCUUACUAUGCGGGCGGCGAGUGGGCGGGCGGGUACUACCAGCCCCCGCCGCCCUACCAACAUGACACAUACGGGGCGUCACCUGGUCUCCCAGGCGCGCCGAGCGAGCCCGCGGGGGCGGAGCUCCCCCUGCCGCCGAUGUCGUCGUUCCGCGCCGCCGCGCCCCACCACUCGCCCACCGACAUGCUCGUCUCCAAGCCCCUGCAGCCUAUGUACGCGUCAGCAAGCACGCCGACGGUAGCGGGGGAGGCCGGCAGCCUCUCCUCGUACGGCUCCUCGCCGUCCACCCCCGUGCACUCCCCCCCGCCGCUGCCCGCGCGGCUGUACCCCCCUCUCAAGCACAGCCCCCACAUGCACCACCACACGCAGGGCCCCAACUGGGUCGCCAGCGGAGUCUCAUCCCCCGGCAGCGCGGGCACGCCGCACCCGCACGGCGUCGUGUUGCCCAACGGUCACCAGCACGUCGCCGUAUUCCCACCCAAUGUCAUGGGCGCGCCGGCGGAGCAGCGGCAACUCGACGAGGCCAUGGUGUUCCUCCGGGAGCACUCCGACGUUGGUGGCGCGAGAAUGGAAGAGAGGUUGGAUGACGCCAUCAACGUGCUGCGUAACCACGCGGAAGCCCCAGAGCUGUACCCCCAGGAUGUUCACCACCAGCCACCAGUAUCGCGGCUGGGCCCCGGCCCGGGCAUCCCCCAGCUCCACAGCGAGCCGCCCGUCAAGAUGGAGCGGCACGUGCUCCCCAACACCAGUACGUAUCCAAAGAAGCGUAAAGAGCCACCGGAUUCGGGGCUGGACUCCAAACCCUCGUCGUCUGGCUCCGCCGACCUCGGCAAGCCCGGCUCCAAGCGCUCCCGGAGAUACGUCCCCGCCGCCCCGGCCUCCGACUUCGGCCGGUGUCGCCCGGGCCCCGGCCCCGAUGCAAUCUGCUCGUCGGCGGACGAGGACGACGUGGACCCGGACACGAAGGCGGCGCGAGAGAGAGAGCGCCGGCAAGCGAACAACGUGAGGGAGAGCUGUUCGUCUGCGGACGAGGGAGACGACGAGGGGGACCCUCAGGCCAAGGCCAUGCGCGAGAAAGAGAGGCGGCAAGCCAACAAUGCGAGGGAACGGAUAAGAAUACGGGACAUAAACGAAGCCCUGAAGGAGCUCGGGCGCAUGUGCAUGACGCACCUGAAGAGCGACAAGCCACAGACCAAGCUGGGGAUCCUGAACAUGGCGGUGGAAGUCAUCAUGACGCUGGAGCAGCAAGUCAGAGGUGAGUCACGCGUCAUUCAUGUCUUGUAGGAGCUCAGCAUGACGCACCUGAAGAGCGACAAGCCACAGACCAAGCUGGGGAUCCUGAACAUGGCGGUGGAAGUCAUCAUGACGCUGGAGCAGCAAGUCAGAGGUGAGUCACGCGUCAUUCAUGUCUUGUAGGAGCUCAGCAUGACGCACCUGAAGAGCGACAAGCCACAGACCAAGCUGGGGAUCCUGAACAUGGCGGUGGAAGUCAUCAUGACGCUGGAGCAGCAAGUCAGAGGUGAGUCACGCGUCAUUCAUGUCUUGUAGGAGCUCAGCAUGACGCACCUGAAGAGCGACAAGCCACAGACCAAGCUGGGGAUCCUGAACAUGGCGGUGGAAGUCAUCAUGACGCUGGAGCAGCAAGUCAGAGGUGAGUCACGCGUCAUUCAUGUCUUGUAGGAGCUCAGCAUGACGCACCUGAAGAGCGACAAGCCACAGACCAAGCUGGGGAUCCUGAACAUGGCGGUGGAAGUCAUCAUGACGCUGGAGCAGCAAGUCAGAGGUGAGUCACGCGUCAUUCAUGUCUUGUAGGAGCUCAGCAUGACGCACCUGAAGAGCGACAAGCCACAGACCAAGCUGGGGAUCCUGAACAUGGCGGUGGAAGUCAUCAUGACGCUGGAGCAGCAAGUCAGAGAGCGUAACCUAAACCCCAAAGCCGCAUGUCUGAAGCGACGCGAGGAAGAGAA